UGCUGCCAGGCGCUACCAACUAGUCAUUUCACAUUAUUUAGGCGGAUACAGUUGGCCAUGGUCACAGCUGAGACCACAGACUGUUGUUGGGGCAACACUCCCCCAUAACCCCCCAUGGGUCUCGUCCAUGGGUCGUCCUCGCCCACACUUCAACAACACCAAAGUUAAAGAGCCUGUGCUGUAGCUGCCCUUGACCUAUAACAACGUCACAAGUUCUACACAUUAUUAUCAUUACCUUCAGGCACACUGCGUCAUAAGACAAAAGUGUUCAUACACGACAGACCAUAAAGGUAUGACAAAGGGAGAGGUUUGAGACAGUCUUCAUGAUAAGGCGGGACAAUGAAGAUACAGUUUAGAGAGAAAGGGGAAAUAUCAGGGGAAGUACUGCUGGAGGCACUUGAAAGUGAACAGUGGCACCGAGAGCAGGCAUACCAGCAAGAAAACUGUACAAGAAAAUUGUUACAGAGUUUACGAGACAAGUGCUGUGGAGGUUCAUGGCUAUCGCUAGUAUUGUUAGUGAGCAUAGUGAUUUUCUCCCAAACAUGGCUCAUUCUUUACUUGUUGAAGAUUUGGGGAUCCUUUUAUACUCCAGCUGGUCAUAUAGUUUACAAAGAUUCUCUAGGAAAGUUGCAUCAUGUGCAUUUUUCCUGGUCUAACUGUGGGGAAUCUUCAGACCCUGUUCAGCUGAAGCUAUUAAAAGUGAAUCCAGAUCCUGUUCUCCUAGAUGGCAACAUAACUUUGGAUCUGAAUUCUGUAUUAACAGAGAACUUGAUGUCACCAAUUAAGGCAGUUGUUGAAGUGGAACGUCGCAUUGGAUGGUUAUGGGUGAAGAUUCCUUGUCUGGAUGGUUUGGGAUCAUGUUCUUAUGAAGAUGUGUGCGAGUUGGUGCCAUUUUCAUUGCCUGAGCCUUGUCCUGAUCCAUUCCCGAGAUUCAAACUCCCAUGUCGUUGUCCUGCUUUAAAGGGUCAUUAUGUGGUAAAGGAUGGAAUGUUUAGUAUAGCAAAUAUUGUGACCAUCCUACCUGCCUGGCUAGUCUCUGGUGACUACUAUGUACAUGGAAUGGCAUACAAGAAUGGAAAGAGGCUUGGCUGCUAUACUGUUUAUGCUUCAAUUUCAUACUAAGGUUAAUAUUUUGUAUAAAUCUGUUUCUCUUAGGUUUUCAUUUACUUGUCCUUUAGCCCAGUAAAUUGUUUUGUUUAAGAAAUUGUUCUUCACAAACUCAUAGGCUAAUGUAAGAGUUCCAAUGAGGCAGUACUGUAUAUGUGUAGUGACAAUUUAUUUAAUAAGUAAUUUUUUGAAGGGAAAAUGCAUGAUUUAGGGCAAGAAAAAUACAAACAAAAUAGUUAGAUGCCUGUUGGACCAGCUCCACAAAGCUGAAACAGGUACAGUUCCAAUUAGUCCACUCUAGAGAUUUCAAUGUAUGGCUAUCAUUAGUCACAUUUACAGUACAGUACUGUAUUUAGAAAGAGUUGCCAUUGUAAAUCUCAUAUUAGUACAUUUUGAAUAUACUGUAUUAGCCCUGAUGUUUUGUGUUGCUGCUGGUGUGACAUUUUGUUGGUUUAGUUACUGUCAGCAUCAUUGUAUAAUUUUCCAAGAAAGGUAUACAUUCCCAGUCUCAUAUUUUGGGGCUACUUGUGAUUGAUCCAUACAUGCUCGAGUCCAAUUAUUUAAAUAAUGAACAGGUAUACAUCUUCAUCUUCACUGGGCAAGAGCCUCACUACCCAAUAAUGCCUAAGAAUUCUACCUCUAUUUUCACUGGUAUUUGAAACAUUAUGCUCAGUUACCACAACUUUUAGUUGUCAAGUACAGUGUGCACUUGUCAUCAGUAUGCAUAAAAGGUAAAGUAAUAUAGCAUCUAUUAUGACAUUUGCCACUCUUCUAUAGUAUAAAAUCAUGAAGCCAAACCAAUAUGUGCCUUACAAGCUUGCAACUACUUUUUGAGGUAGUUGUAGUAUGUACUUUAAUUUUUCUAAAUACUGUACCCAGAUUUUUCAUUACAAUACUUGCUAUGUUAAGUACUGUAGUUUGUAACCUGGAAGACUAAUCGUCUCUACUAUCUUAACAUGUUAUGACUUUUGGAUCUUUAGUAUUGGUGACUAAAAUUACUUUGAAUGAACUUUUAUAUAAAAUUAUUUGCCACGUAUUUUGAUGUACAAUAGGGUAUAUAAAUAUCCAUACAUAUUUUAUAUACAGUACUUAAAACUUGUUAAAUUAAACACGGGUACAUAUUGGCAUAGAAUUGAUUCUACAAAGAAUAAGCAUAUUGCUCAGUUUUUACUGAUGUGUGCAGUAGCUUUUUCAAAGGAAUACAUGUAUUUUGAUACAUUAUACACAUACUUUGAUACAUCAUAAUGUUAUGUAUAUACUGUUACUAAAUAAAUUUAUCUUUAUACA